AUGACGACCAUUUCACCGUCUAAACCUGGUGUUACACCUCCAACAAAGCUUCAACUAGCCCUAGCUCUGGCUGUUGUCAAGCGAAAACCACCAGGCCAAAGCGUGAAAGAAUACAUUUUGCAGAUUCGACAGUUUAUUAAAAAGAGCAGAGAUUUGGGCCAAGUCGUUGUGACGGACAAGUUCUUCGACAGCGUUUCCUUCUGGCAACAAGCGUAUGAACGGUCUGAGGCGGCACAGAGCAAGCUACAAGAUCAAGUCCAUGAGCUUAACCAGCGUAUUGAAGGCCUUCUUGCCAAACUGCGGGUCAAAGUCACUGCAAAUGACAAUGAGACCUUGCCGGCAAACAAACGCAAAGCGCCUGCUGUUGGAAAGAAUGCGAACAGUUCGAACGUGGCUAGGAAACGCAUAAGGCUACCAAAGAGCAUGGAGAAAAGCAUCCCAUUGAUGAAUGAUGAUGAUUCAGGAGAAGAAGAUGUCCUGUGCCUCAACAGGCAGUUGCAUACCGUCCAAAAAGCUCUGCAAAGAAAGGCAACCAGCAGUUCUGAGGCCAAUCCUCUGGCUGUGGAUGCAGUCAUCCUUUGCAAAUCUGCGGAGCAAAGACUGAUCCAAACUAUCCAGAAUGAGAGCAAAAAGAUGGAGCAGGAACCAUCUCAAACCGAGAAGGCCAAUACGCCGGAUACAGAAGCUGUCAUGAAUGGUGUGAGAGUUGCGUUCCAUCUCACGCACAAAGCGUUGCGCAAAAUCGCUGGGGCCGAAAAUGCUACGCACCACCAAGCUCAAGUCGUCUACUACCUCGUAGGUCUGUUCGAAUCAACCAUGACAGUACUCACUCUGCAUUGUACUGCGAUAUCCAAGCAAAGGUCAGCCGCGCAAUCCGAGGAACAAAACAAACAUACAAAAGAGAAGAGCUCAGCUACCGAGAACGAGGUAGCCUCUCGUCUCGCAGACCUGCUCUGCACAAUGGCACUCUCCCUCAAUCCAACCCAUAUCGAAGACCAAGAAGUAAUGGAAGGGCUCCUCUUCCUUGUCCUUAAUCGCAUGGGCAAGAUGCUAGCUCUCCACGUUUUCCAUGACCUGCGACUGCCAAUGGGAAUCUGUCCCGGGAUGACAUUCCCAGAUGGACUUGAAGCAAUGACUGACGAGGGCAUUAUGCCAAACGAGGCACAACUGGAAGCCAAGUAUCUCGUUCGGCUUCUGGACAGAAUGCUCAAUGCUGAUUCCGUUCGAUCGCCCCUCGAGGGAUCGGCUACUCGUCAAUUUGUCGCAAAUGCCAAAGAUCGGCUGCAAAAGACUCUCCUCCGGGCUGUAUUCGGACCUGAUGAUCAUCUGUUCCGGGAGGGUCUGCGGCGUCCGCAUACCCCGACUCCUCAGGCACUUGAUGAUAAAGAGAUGGACCAGGAGAAAUUUUCAGAUUGGCUCACGCAGGAGCUGUGGCGGCUUGUCGGUUGGGAUGUGCUGAGGACCGUGUUUGCUCCAGCCUAA